CGAGUGGUACUCGUACAGGUGAUGCGGUUGGCAUUGUACUUCUGUCUAUCUUGGGCUGUGCUAACCAGUAGGAGGAUAAUGGGAGCACGAUUCAAGGUUGUCCUUUUGAGAGUCGGGAGCGAAGGGAAGGGGAAGGAUAACACGAAGAAACCGAAUGUAUCACGAUGUUCUUCCUCUGCUGCACGUCUGACGUACACUAGGCUAGUCGGGCCUAUCAGGCUCAGCGGCGCCAGCGAGUCUGCUCAGUCAACCCAAGUAUACUACAGCUGCACGAGAGAAUGUCCCGCGAGCCUAGAAGUUCUGAGCUUCUCCGCUUAAGUGCACGGCUUGUCCGAGUCUUGUUCUCAGGAUGUCUGGCGCAGCUAGUCGACACCGGGCUAGCUGCAGUGUCUUUUUGUACGUUUCUGCAAUUUAGCUGUCGAAUAACUUACUUGUGUAGGAAAGACGUGACACUAUAUGCUUGUCCAGCGUCUCGUAUAACAACAUCGUUCACGCUGACCCUG